AUGUUAAGGAAAAGUGAAAGACCUCUUCAACAAUUAGCUAAGAGAUACUCUGAACAAGAAAACAUUGGACAAUCGGGUUUAAAAAAAUUGCAUACAUCUGGCCCAUUAUCAAAUAGUAUAUCAACAAUUAAGACAUCAGUAAUCCAGUAUAAACAGUAUACUUCAUUUAAAUUAUCCAUUUUAUGCGAUGGUACCAAAAAUUGUUUUUGCCUUUUAAAUGACAAUGUAGUUGUUUUUGUUCAAAACAUUGUUAAGUUUAUUUCUUCGGAUAAGAUAUAUAUUUGUGGGUAUGAUCUUAAAACAUUAACUCCUUCUAGUUUUUAUACCAUACCAUGCAGUUCUAUUGAUUUAAAUAUUAAAAUAGUCUCUAUUGGAAAAAAUCAAACUUUACAAAUAUGGCCAAUAGACACAAUUAAAGCAAAAAUAUGGUUGAUUCCUUUUAAAGAAAAAUAUAUUGCAGUUCCAAUCAUUCAUUCAUACACACAAUAA